AUGCUUCCCACGCCGUCAACCUCGCAUGUAGAUUUCGAGCGGAUUUACGAGCCUGCAGAGGAUUCAUACCUGUUGCUUGAUACUUUAUCAUCUGAGACUGAGAAGGACUUCCUACGGACCCGAUACAGUGCUGCCCACUCACCGUCGCCGCUGGUUGUCGAAGUAGGCACCGGAUCCGGAGUUGUCCUCUCAUUCCUCAAUGCACAUGCACAAACCAUCCUGGGCCGUGCCGAUAUAUUGACAUUUGGAAUUGAUGUGAACAGGUUCGCAUGCAAGGCUACGGAACAGACGGUCUCUGUAACCAGUCAAGAGCAGAUCACGCACGAUUUAUCACAUGGCUUCUACAUGGGAAAUAUAUUAGGCGACCUCACCAACACAUUGAAAGCUGGAGUAGUAGAUAUUUUGGUUUUCAACCCUCCCUAUGUCCCUACUGCCGAGCUUCCAGGUAUACCUUCCCCAGGAGAAAACACCACUGAGACUUCAUUCGCAGACGAUUCAAAACUACUUGCAUUGUCAUAUGCUGGAGGGGUGGAUGGAAUGGAGAUCACAGAUCGCCUACUUUUGAGCUUGCCAGAGGUCUUGAGCCAUCAAACGGGUUGCGCUUACAUUCUGCUCUGUGCUCAAAACAAGCCAGACAAGGUCAAGGAAAGAAUCAAGGGCUGGGGAUCUGGUUGGAAAGCAGAGACAGUCAGUACCAGUGGAAAGAAAGGCGGCUGGGAAAAGCUUCAGAUAAUUCGAAUCUGGCGAGAGAACGCGUGA